AUGGCUAACCUUUAUCUUUUACACAAACAUAAUUGUAUGUUUGUAGUGAUCACCCUCUUAUUAUGUCAUCUUGUAUAUUACUGUGUUACAGCAACAACCUACAUCAACCAUGACAACGGCGGUUUCAACGCUCAUCUGAUCAGAAAAAGUUCAAGGAAUUCACCAUUUGACAAACACAAAAAAACCAAGAUAUAUCGACGGUUGAUAGGUUCAGAUACGCCUGGAUCACUAAUGAGAACUGAUCCGAAUAGUGGCGCACACAUAAUGAAGUUUUCAAUGGGAAGCCCCCCUUUUGAUAUUUAUGCAAUGGCUGAUACAGGAAGCCAUCUAUUAUGGACGCAAUGCCAAAAGUGUAAAGCUUGCUACAAGAGCAAUUUUGGUGUUUUUGACCCGAGAAGAUCCUCAACUUAUAAGAACAUCAAUUGUCGUGCAAAGGAUUGUAGACUCGUCGGCCAUUACAAACCACAAGACUAUUCACGAAAUUUUUGUAGAGAAAAUGAUAAGAGACCUUGCCUCUACAGUUUUUCAUACGCAGACGGAGCAUCAACGACGGGUGUGUUGUCCAAAGAAACAGUUACCUUAACAUCCAAUACAGGUAAAAUUUUAACCUUAAAAGAUAUCAUAUUUGGUUGUGGGUAUUCGAAUAAUGAAACUAUCAACACUGGAAAUGAGAUGGGAGUUAUAGGACUUGGCCGUGGACCGUUGUCAUUUGUUUCUCAAAUAGCUCCCUACGUCGGAGGCAAAAGAUUCUCACAUUGCUUGGUGGGUGAAGAUGUUGAUGAUGUAAGUAACAUAUAUUUCGGGAAAGGCAGUGAAGUUUUGGGGGAAGGGGUAGUGACAACACCUUUGGUUGAUACAGACCCGGAAGAGGUUAAUUACUUUGUUACUGUGCAAGGAAUUUCCAUCGAAAAUGACUUUGUUCCAUAUAACUCAACUGGAAAAUUCCCUAAAAAGGGCAACUUCAUGGUCGACUCAGGUACACCGGUGACUCGUCUACCUCAAGAAUUUUUUGACCGGCUAGUAAUUCAGCUUAAAAAGAUGGUCAAAUUGCAGUCAUUCGUUAAAUAUUACCCGACGAGUAGUACAAGUAAUCUUUGCUUCAAAUCCAAAACGCUUCCAAAAUUACCAACAGUGGCUAUACAUUUUGAGGGUGGUGGGAAGCUGCAGUUGGCACAAGACCAAUUAUUGUAUAAUGACGAGCCUGAGGUGUUUUGCUUUGGAAUGGCAAAACAUACCGUCGACGGAAAAGAUUUUAGUGAGUUUGGUAUAUAUGGAGGUGAUCUUCAAACAAAUAUGCUGAUUGGCUUCGAUAUGGAUAAAAAAUUGGUAUCUUUCAAGCCAAUGAAUUGCGCAAGCCUGAACUAUCACUAA